AUGUUAGCAGUCAGGGCUAACAGUUUGCCAAGGGUACAGCUAACCCUUGGACAACAGCAGGGUCAGGGGCGCCAACACUGCAAUCAGUGGAAAAUCCGCUGUAAUUUUCAGCAGGCCCUGGGUACCGCAGUUGUUCCGUAUCCGUGGUUCUGCAUCACAGGAUUCAACCAACCACGGAUCCUAUUCCUCUCCCAAGGAAGGUUAAGUGUCCUAAUCAAAGCAGAGGAGGGUAAUUUGAUUGACAAAGAUAGAGUCAGACGUGCGGGCUCACACUCAAGCUGGCACCAGCCGGCGGGGAGUUUGGGAGGGGGCAGGGAAGAAGCGGGGAGCUGCGGUACCUUUCUUGAACUUUCUGAGCUCGAUGAGGUGCAGAACUCAGCGCUCUGUGCCGCCGGACCUCGCUUUCUCCGAACCCCGCAGCUGGGCUGGGCUGGCCAGGCGCGCGUCCCUCGCCCUCCGCCGGCCGGCGCGGAGUCGGUGGGUAGCGGAGGGCGGAGACGAGCGGGGACCCGCCAGCGGACGAGCAAUCUGUGCUCGGCUGCAAGCGGAGGAUGGCGAGGAGAGCCCGCGACGGCAAUAAAGGGUCAGAAGGGGAAAUACCUCCGCGCGGAGCGCCACCGAAAACCGAAGUCGCGGUCAAGAGGGCGGGGCGGCCCGGCCGGUAGCCCGUCGCGGGGGGGUGGAGACGGGUGUGUCCGGCCAGAGCUGGGAGGAGUCCGAGGCGAAGGCUUUCGGGGAGAGUUCCCUCGCCCUUUCAGCCACCAGCACCUCCCCUCCCACAGCGGAGAAGCCAAGCUCUGUACCUCCAUCGAGUCCGGGCUACAGAGUCGGGGGCGGCGGGCAGCGCGGCGGGGCGGGCGCGGUCGUCCGGCUCCCUUCCCGGGCGUCGGGCCCCUGCGGCCGAGAACGAAUCAGCUGGGGUUCCCCUGGACGCCUGGAACCCAGGGAGUCCCAACUCCCAACGAAAAGAAAAGUGAAAGAGAAAAGAGGAGAGGCGAAGGCAAGGCGCGAGAAGGUGGCCCGGAGUCCACCUGCCGCAUCCACGGGCGCCGGGCAUGGCACGCGAGGCUGCCCGAGCUGAGACUGAGACCUGGGAGCAGCGCGUGUCCAAGUUGGCCAGAGGAAAGGGAAAACUGCGUUGGAAUGGGCGGCUACUCCAGACCUUGACCCUCCCCACAGCCUAGAAGAAGGAAGGCCCUGAAGUCCUGCUAGAGAAAACGUGGGAGGAAGACACCCGGGCGACUACUUUGUCCAAGGUGGUUGGCACGGAGGGUGAAUGAGCAUGAACGAAUGUGCCUAUCUGUGGACCACUUUCCCAGCCUAGCGCGUCGUCCGGUGUAAAACAUUACAAUGGGACCACGUGAAAUGUUGUUAUUGUAGGAUUUUACAGUUAAAAGAAGGAACUGAGUUCUUUGAGGCUAAGUGAUCCUCGUGCCUCAGAGCCUGCAGAAAUGGUUUCAGUUUUGGGAAGCACUUUGGAGAACCUUGCACACGUGUGAAUCACUGAAAAUCCCUAACGGAAGGGUGCUUCCCCAAAUUUUUCAGAGUCAUGUCACGGAAAUAAUGAUAAGGCUCCCUGGAGCUUGGUAAAACAUUUAACUAACUUUUCUUUGUAUUACGUACAUGUUAAAAUAAAAUUUAAAAAUAUUUGAAGAGAUUUAAAUAUUAAAUGUACAUAAAGUUCCACAUAAAAUCAUUUUUCAUUUUUAUGAAAAAGUUGAGCUCUAGAUAGUCACGAUCAAUAAAAUAAGUGAGAUGAAAAUGUAAAGACUUUUUUACAGCCAUUCAAAUCUUUACCAUAGUUGGAAAUUACAUUUAAAGAAAUGAAGCGAUCAGUCCUUUCUGUCCAAGACAAUGUAAUGUUGAAUUUUCUUGUGAUAAUGCCAAUGAUUUCAAAUCCAAUCAGACUUUUUCAUAGCAAUACACUGAAGCUCUGAUUUGCAGAAUGAGGAUGCAUCCUGAGUGAGAUUGGGCUUGCAGCUGGAUUGGAUUCUGUUGCAACAGAUGUAGCAGCCCCGAAGGUAAACUAUGUGUAUAUGUGAAUAUCGAAAUUAAUGACGUCCGCUGUCAAGCACGUCCGCUUGAACUGGUCCAGUCCUUCUUGGCUCCCGCAAGAUGAGCUCCCAUACCUCCUUCAGCCCCCUUACAUAUGCUGCGUGCUCUGCAGCUGGCGGCUGAAGUAGUUGUCCAGAUAGUAAGGCCCACCCGUCACUGGCCUCACUUAGCACCAACUAGCAGAGGCAAAUAUCUCUGCCACCAGAGGUCACAUCAUCACCUCCCAGAUACUGCUGCACUUGGGCUGCCUAAGAGCACUAGAAAAAGCUGUUCUUAGCUGGGGCUCCCUAGCCUGGGGGCUCCAGCUGUCCCCGGGGCUGAGAGACAUCAAUGUCUGACAGCACACUUUUAACAAGUGGCCACCAUGAAUUUUCUGAGCUAUUGGAGAAGUUUUCACAACGCUAUGAAACUGAUGGGAAUUUUCUUCAUAGAGCCGAGCUUUAAAGUACAAUCUGAAGACAAAAGAAUAAAAUUGGUCUACAGAUAUUGAUCGAGCUUCUAAUAUAUGUAAGUUCUGGAACAAGAUGGGCUGAAUGAUAUAUAAAGCAUUCAGUCAGAUUGGGGAGAUAAAAUACCAUAAAUGACAAGAAAGUGAAAUUGAAACUGCUGAUGGCCAUAAGAGAGACUUUGCUCAACUACUUGCCUCCCAAGUAUGUAGGUCAAAUUUGUUUUCUCAAUUACCACCAAAAAAAAAAGUAUUUUUGAAUUAGUUAUAUAAAUGCCUGCAAUUUAAUGACGUUGGGUAUUCAGCAUAAUGUUUUUGUUGCACUGCCUCAAACAGAAAUCUAAUGUAUGCCACUUGUAUUUUCAGUUGCCACAGGCUGUUUGACAAUAUAUUGAAAAUUGCUCACACCAAUGAACAAGUAAAUUCCACCGUAUAAAUUAAAAACAAAGACCAAGAUUGAUGAAAUAAUUUGAAACUGCCUAAAGGUAACUAAUAAAAUUACCAUGUGGAAAGAAGUAAAAAUUAAGUAAACCUCACAGAACUGGCAAUAAUAAUUUUUCUUUGAAUUAAAAAAAUUAACAAUAAAAUCAUAGUUGAAUACA